GACUGUUGAACUCUCAAAGUGUGUCGGACAAACGUGGCGGCCAUGAAUCUCUUGUGGACGACGGUUGCUUUGCUCGUCUUCACGUGCGGCUGUCAAAUGGUCUCCAGUCAGGUUCGGUACAGUGACAGAGAGUUGGCGGCUUUCUGUGAUGAGCGGGAAUGUCAAGGCGCAUGCGAGAUUGUUGAGAGUCCGUACCUCAUCUUUCCCGUCACGCACUGCAGGCCCCCUGAAGACGAGCAGCCUAUUGAGUUCUGUGACAUGACGAGUGCGCGGGUGAUUGGCGGCGACCCCCUCAACUGCCGGACUAGAGACGAACUGCUUCAAAUUGCGUCAAAUGAAUGCCAGGGUGGAACCUACGUGACCGCGUUUGAGGUGCGCGAAACUUGUUUGGACUUCUCGUCGUCAGGCGAAUUGCUCUACCAGUUUGCACAGUUUUUCUGCUGCCCUGUAACGGAGCGGCCGUCGUUAGGAUCGAGCUCGGGUCUAAGCGAUUCCGGUUCCGGUACCGUGGACCCCUUCAUGGAACUCACUCUGGAACCCACUAUAGAACCCAGUACGAGUCCAAGUGUUUCCGGUUCCGGUAGGAUGGAACCGAGUAUGGGCUCAAUUGAUUCAAGCUCAGGAACAGUGGAACCCAGCAGUAUGGAUCCUAGCAUGUCUGGCUCAGGAUUUCAAAGUGGAUUUGGAUUCUUACCAACAGCAUCAACGCGUCCGUGCUUGUCGUCAGAAUUCACGUGCAGCUCCAAUCAAUGUAUUCCAUUGGACUAUCACUGCGACGGCAUUGCGGACUGUACCGACGGAUCGGACGAAACGAACUGCGACUGCGUUACGGACAAGUUCGUGUGUGACAAUGGGGAGCGAAUACUCUUGACUGCUCGAUGUGAUGGUAUGACGGACUGUGGUGACGGCAGCGAUGAGACCACCUGUAGUUGCAGUACAUCCGAGGAGUUCACUUGUGCUGACGGCAGCUGCACUAAUGCGACGUGGCGAUGUGACGGUAUCAUUGACUGCACGGCAACUGGUGGUGGAUUAGACGAAAAAAACUGUGAGGGUCGUCCGUGUCCUUUGCCAACGCAUUGGCGGUGUUCUUGCAAUGGACUAUGCAUCAGUCGAGUGUUACUGUGUGAUGGGUUCAACCACUGUGGUAACAACGCCGACGAAUUGCCUGAAGACUGUCAAUCUAAAGCGAAUUUCGCCGUCGACAAUGAUGAUGAGAAGAGAGACACGCAGGGGGGCAUGAGUGUUGUUAGCAAAUUCGUGAUUGCAAUGGCAGUGGUGGCGGUUUGUGUUGCUGCGCUGUUUCUUCUCGUCUACAUUAGAAGACGGAAACGACAGUACAAGACAUUAGAAUCUGUUGGUCUAAUGGAGAAGAGAGCAGAAACGUUGUCGUUUCGCAAUAGUAGCUGGUCUGAUGACGACGACAACGACGACGAAGCUCUUCUCAUAUCAAAGGAGAAGGCUGCAAAUGUCAAACAUCAAUUCGCUGGAUACAAUAAUCCGAUUUCUCCUGAUGAAAUUACGUUUCAUCACAAAGAUUCUGGCGAUCCUUGUUUCGAUGACUUGAUGAUGUGAUGGAUACUUGGUUACACGACAGUCAGUAAGAUCGAUGAUAAAUUUCGAUCAUCAGCAUGUGCUGUGUCGUAUUAUUGGAUUUCUGGUUGUAUCGUCUCUGAUAAUAAGAAAACAGACUUUCAACCAGUCUGUAAUGCCAACCUAA